UUCACUUAUAAAUAGUUUGGUAAUGGGAAAGAAAGUGGUCAGUUCGUUGAUUGCCGUGGACGGUUUAGUGGUUGAAUUCAGCAUGGCUCAGAUGACCCAUCCUGUGCUGUUGCUGGCAAUACUGCUGAUGGUGACAUUAGGAAGUGCAGUGAAGCGUGACGGUUAUGAGAUAGACAUUAAACAUGUUCCGUUUGAGAUACACACUACGCACUUCAAAGAAUCCCGUGGGAGUGACCAUAAAACGGAAGGUCAAACUAAUGCCCAGUUCGGGUACAAGAAAGAAGAAGCACCCCUUGAGGGAUCGUAUGAAUCUAAAAAAGAAAGUCGCAAAAAUGAUGGACGGAAGGGGUUCAAAAGCUCUAGAACUCGUCAAGGCUUUAAAAUGGGAACCAAGAACCAAGGCACUGGUGGAAGUGUAAGGGAGAAGAAGCCAAAACAAAAUGAAGGAAGUAUUGCGUGGACUUAUACGACGGCAUUCGGUCCGAGUGAUUCUACAACGACCACUGAUCCUACGACGACUUCAGCAUUCGUCAAGCUCGGAUACAGACAUUCUCCCGGUGCUAAGAAGACAUCCCCGUCGAGUCGAUGGCCUCAACACACCUCAAUUUGGGGAUCAACAACUCCUGUCUAUCAAAAUUUUGUAACGACGCAGCAACCAAUCGAACACAAUCUUCACAAACAGGGAUUUGCACCAGGUUUGGAGAAGCUUCCACUACAGAAGAACGUUUUCCAGAGCAGUCAAAGCUCAAGCUAUGGAAAUAAUAGAACCCAAGGAUCUAGUUUCAGCCAGAGUAAGGAGAAGAAUGACCCAAAACGUACAACGAAAGCACCGUUUGGUGAGCGAAAACCAGUCGAGCAACAGUUGAUCAUAGUAAACCCGGUCACUCCAAGUGUUUUGUUCAGGAACCCCCAACUGAGAAUCCCUUUCGAAAGUGAUAAGACUGGUCCCGUUCAGUUCACUCCUUUGGUUUAUGACGUUACGUCAACCACGAUUAAACCUACCAUGAACACGUCUUCAAAACCAACAACCACAACCGCAGGUACCAUUCAAAACCCGGAUUCGAAGGAGGACGAUGAGGACUCGAUAUAUCUGCUGGUUAAGUACGACAAGGCACGGGAUGGCAAAACAUCCAAAGCGAAUGUGGUUGAGAUUAUUGGGGGUCACAGCCGGGUUAAGCAGUACUCGGGCAAUCGUCGGGAUCGAAUUGAGUUCGAGAGGGCCGAUUUCGGGUCUUCAUCGACUGAACAGUUGCAAGAACCGAAGAUAAGUUUCGAGAUAGACGGAAUGCCGGUCACUACAUCCGGGUAUUCGGUGCGGGAGACUUUGGCGAAGGACGAGCUGAUUCAAAUGACGACCCCACUAGCGUUGCCUGGCAAUACCACAGACGGUAUGAAAGCUGGCGGUGCCAACUCGGGAAGAAACGGAUCACAGCCCAUCCGCGCUGGUCUUGCUCCUAGUUACACUUUUCAAUUCGACAAACUUUCCCAGCAAUACAUGGAGCAGUUGAAAAAAGGUUCCGCCGCUCCACAGCAAGGGAUGAUGAUGAGUAUGACUUCGGGUCUACAACUCGAUCAAGAGGUCCCAGAAAAAAUGUCAGAACUGAUGGGCGAACAGAGCCCUCAAGGUGGUCGGGGUAAAUUGAUCGCCCCUACAACGUACUGGGGCUCAUUCGCGAAACAAACCGAAAAGCAGCAUUCACAGGCUGGUACAACAGGGUUCCAAAAUGUUCAAACGGAAAAUAGGGGCACUCAAAUCAAAGUCAAUGACCAAGCCGGAGCUCGUUUCGUGUUGGACCGUAGCAACGGUGGCUCGACAAAUGAAGCCAGUGGGAGUUCUCUUCAACAAUUGAAUGAGUUCAACGGGCUGGGAUUACGUGAUAGCUAUGGUCACUUUGUGGGCAACAGUUUCCAAGCUUUUGAUGAGUCCACUGGUAUGCGAGGACCUGAUUCACAAAGCACCGAAAACGCAGACCUCUUGUUGGAAAAGUAUAACGGAACAACAGAUCCACUAGAAAUCACUCGAGUCUUGGUUAGCCGAAAUGGGGGACUAACUGUAGAUCAAUUCAAUGAGCUAUUCAAGGAUUAUUUCAACAAAGAAUUAACUGAGGAUGACAUUGACUCGUACGAGAAAUUGAUAAAUAUUGCCAGUUUUAAUGGUACUGCUACUGGCUUCCAGGGGCCCGUAACAAUGGCUGAAAAGAGUGAUACUCAAGACCCAAACGACGCCAGUAAUGGGAUCUCAAAUUCAUCCGAAGGGGAGGAGGAUCAACGGAUCAAAGUGCAAGUUAAUAACACUCCCGCUCGCCAAGAACCGAUUGUAAAAAUAGGCUACGGGAUUUCCAAGUCACACCAAGGAGUAUAUAAAUCUCCGAAAUUUUUCGAACAAUUGAAGGAAAUCAGCAGUCCUGAGGAGGGAUAUGUUGAACCACAGAACAAACACCAAAAAGGAGCCUAUGUGGACAAUCCUGUGUUUGGAUUCGAGGCUUCCAAGGGGGACGAUCGACAACAGCAAGCGAACAGCAAACUAGAACAGCAGGGGAAUAGCGUUAGUGACAAUCUCAGCCAAAGUAGCCAUCGUAGAGGUCGAAGUUAUGUUAAGUUCCAAACGCUCAACUGAAGCAGACUGAAAGCUCACCAAAGAAGCAUUGUUAAUUUAGUGGUA